AGAGCAUGCACGAUUCGGCUUGGUCGAAUCGUGCUUAUAAGAAUUUUCAAAUGCUACACAGCUUUGCCGCGGGUCGGUGUCUUUGACCGAAUGGCCCUUACGCGGUACACGCCUUGUAGGCGUGAAUGAAAAGUCCCGUGUGUUUUACCUGCCAUCUUAUUUGUAGGUGUGCAGGAAAAUACGAACAAACACACACGGAACAUUACCUUUGCUCAGCAUCUAGACUCUCGAUGCUGAGUGAACAGAAUUAAAAUUUAUGCACGUUCGGCUUGUUCGAAUCGUGAUUAAAAAUUAUAUUACAUAUCCACACAGCAUUACCGCGGGUCGGUGUCUUUGACCGAAUGACCCUUAUGCGGUGCGCGCCUUUUAGGCGUUGAAUGAUAAGUUCCGUCGUGCUUUGCCUGCCAUCUUCUUUGUAGAAGGUGUGCAGAUAAAACCCAAUAUAUAUGCAAACACACGGACUUUAUCUUUACUGAGCAUCAACUCUCUCGAUUCCGAGUGAGAAUUAAAAUUAUGCACGUUUCGACUUUAUCGAAUCGUGAUGGAAAAGACUACUAUAUGUCUACACAGCAUUACCGCGGGUCGGUGUCUUUGACCGAAUGGCCCUUACGCGGUACGCCUCUUUUGGCGAUUAAUAAAUAGUUCCGUCGUGUUUGACUGCCAUCUUUGAAAUAGGUGUGCAGAAAAAUCACAAUACACACACGGAAUAUUUGUUUUACUCGGCAUCAGCACUUUUGGUGCCGAGUGACGAGAGUCAAUCUCUAAGCACGUUUCGUCUUUAUCGAAUCGUGAUUACCAAGACUAUUACAUGUCAAUACAACAUUACCGCGGGUCGGAGUCUUUGACCGAAUGGCCCUUACGCGGUGCGAACGCCUUUUAGGCGUGAAUGAAAAGUUCCGUCGUGUUUACUGCCAUCUUUGAAAUAGGUGUGCAGAAAAAUCACAAUACAUACACGGAAUAUUUGUUUCACUCGGCAUCAGCACUUUUGGUGCCGAGUGACGAGAGUCAAUCUCUAAGCACGUUUCGUCUUUAUCGAAUCGUGAUUACCAAGACUAUUACAUGUCAAUACAACAUUACCGCGGGUCGGAGUCUUUGACCGAAUGGCCCUUACGCGGUGCGAACGCCUUUUAGGCGUGAAUGAAAAGUUCCGUCGUGUUUACUGCCAUCUUUGAAAUAGGUGUGCAGAAAAAUCACAAUACACACACGGAAUAUUUGUUUUACUCGGCAUCAGCACUCUUGGUGCCGAGUGACGAGAGUCAAUCUCUAAGCACGUUUCGUCUUUAUCGAAUCGUGAUUACCAAGACUAUUACAUGUCAAUACAACAUUACCGCGGGUCGGAGUCUUUGACCGAAUGGCCCUUACGCGGUGCGAACGCCUUUUAGGCGUGAAUGAAAAGUUCCGUCGUGUUUACUGCCAUCUUUGAAAUAGGUGUGCAGAAAAAUCACAAUACACACACGGAAUAUUUGUUUUACUCGGCAUCAGCACUCUCGGUGCCGAGUGACGAGAGUCAAUCUCUAAGCACGUUUCGUCUUUAUCGAAUCGUGAUUACCAAACUAUUACAUGUCAAUACAGCAUUACCGCGGGUCGGAGUCUUUGACCGAAUGGCCCUUACGCGGUGCGAACGCCUUUUAGGCGUGAAUGAAAAGUUCCGUCGUGUUUACUGCCAUCUUUGAAAUAGGUGUGCAGAAAAAUCACAAUACACACACGGAAUAUUUGUCUUACUCGGCAUCAGCACUCUCGGUGCCGAGUGACGAGAGUCAAUCUCUAAGCACGUUUCGUCUUUAUCGAAUCGUGAUUACCAAACUAUUACAUGUCAAUACAACAUUACCGCGGGUCGGAGUCUUUGACCGAAUGGCCCUUACGCGGUGCGCGCCUUUUAGGCGUUGAAUGGAGACUUCCCUCGUGUUUUGUUUCCAUCUUUUUCGUUUAAUAUUUUUCUGUCUCAGGUUAGAACACAUUAGUUUAUAAUAUUUAUUGGUAUAUGUUAUUAUUAUUAUAUGUAAUUUAUUUAUUGAAAUACUUAUAAUAUUAGUACUAGAAUAUUAGAAAUACUUAUAACACUACUAUAAACAUCUUAUACAUACCUAUAAACAUCUAUUACUACACACUAUUUAUUAUCUAUUUAUUAUAAGCAUAUAUAUUUAAGCGGUUUUUAUUGUUUUAUGUAUUUUUAUCGAUUAUAUAUAUUUUUAUUUAUUGAAACAAUUAUUAUUAUAAAACGCAAGUAUUACCGAGCGAGUGGCUGUAUAUUUCUGUAUUUUUAUAAUUAUUAGUUAUAUUUCAACAGUUGAAUAAAUUUGAUUAUAACAAAAUUUUUAAUUAAUUUUCUAAGAGAUCUCUGAAAGCUUUUCCGUCGCACUUUCGUUAGCUAUCAUUCGUAUUUAUCCUUACUUACUUUCAUUUAUACUUUUACUAAUUACAUACUUUUAUUAACUUAUAUUAAUGCAUAUUCUGGGGUGGGUACCUCGAGUGUGGGACUGUGAGCGGUUUGCCAUCCCGGCAUAUUUAGUGCUUAUUUUCUCUAUUUCUUUCCUUCUCCUAUUUUAUUUUUUUUUUAUACAUUUAUAUUCACUUAUAAAUAUUUAUUUAAUACUAUAUAUAUUUCUAUUACAUGUAUUUACAUUUAUUAUAAAUAUUUAUUUAAUCCUAUAUAUAUUUCUGUUAUAUGCAUUUAUAUUUAUUUAUGUAUUUCUAUUAAUUACAUAUAUAUUUCUAUUUAUUAUUCUUUUCUCCUUUUUCUACUUUUCUUUUACAAAGUCUGUUUAUUAUAUAUCGUUGUGGAAUUUUUAUGCGGGAGUUAAAGGAACCUCUCCGCAUGUAAUUUUUAUUAUAUGCUGGGAGGGUAUGUCUCCUUGCUUCCGUACGCGAAUGAUAGGGAAAACACUCCCGCGUGUGACGGCCGGCACAAGCCUGAGUGUUCGCGGUCGCGAGACUAAGUCCUACCGAGGACUGCGUUUUGAUUUUUGAAAUUGAAAUAUAGACACGACCGGUCGUGUCUCGAGAUGUCUGAAGUUGACGGUGUGGACGGUUUAAUUUUCUGAUAAGCCUGAUACUCCCAAAACGGAAAGGCAUCUCGAACGCGAAUCUUAGAGUAGAGUCCCCGUUAGCCCGUGGGUCCUCAGGUGCAGCAACCUCCUCGCGGUAGGACCUGGGUCGGUAAUACUUGCGAAAUAUCGAAAUCUAUGUCUUAGUUAUAUUUAAAAUCUAACUAAAUUAUACAUAUAAUUAUUAAACGCAAGUAUUACCGAGCGAAUGGCUGCAUGCUUCAAAGAAUUUUCCAAAAUCUUUUCUAUGUAAUUCCAAAUUAUAUUUUACAUUGUUUCUAACAUAUUCGAUACAUUCAGCAAUAAUUCACAGUCAUUUCUAUUCAUUGAAAUGCAUAGCUAUUUAAUAGUUGAAACUUAUAUAAUAUAUAAAUUAUUUUAGCUUCUCUCGGGUGGGACCCUUGGGAGGGGCCCUCGGGUGUGGGCCUUAGGCGGGUUUCGUUCUCUCGCUAGGAAAAAAUUAAACACAUUUAUAGUGCUCUGAAUUUUAUCUAGUGAAGUGAUCUUCGAGAGAGAAAUUAUAAUACUGCUAAUAGAGUUCUAAGUUUUCUAUCUUUCUCUCGGACAUGUUCCGUGUUUCUUUUCUUCGUUUUUUCUUUUUUCUUUCCUUCUUGUUCUUUUAACUUUUUUUCUGUUUCGGGUUCGAUCAUCGAAGAAAUUAUCAUCAUCGUGAAAUAUAAUCAUCGUGAAAUUAAUUUUUACAGGAAAGUUUUAAUCUAAUAAUCGUGUAUAAUCGUAUAAUACAAUCGUAUAUUUGUUUUCUUCUUAUUUUAUUUAAUCAUUAAUAAUUAAUUUUUUAAUUAUUAUUAUUUAUUGUUUAAUUGUAUUUUGAUCUUAAAUGUAAAAUAGCUUUUUUCAUAUAAUAUUGCAUAUUAUUAUUAUUUUUGCAUAUAAUUAUCUCUUUUUCUGUUUCAGUUUAGGUGAUCGCUGGACCUAUCAUCGUGGGAUUUUUACACGGAAGUUAAAGGAACCUCUUUGCAUAUAAUCUCUAUUAUAUAGGAAUUAUAUAGCAGAAAGGGUAUGUCUCCUUGCUUCCGUACGCGAAUGAUAGGGAAAAAACACUCAUGAGCGUGAUGGCCGACACGCGCAUGGGUGUUUCGCGGUCGCGAGAUUAAGUCCUACCGAGGACUCCGUUUUGUUCUUUGAAAUAUCGAAAUAGACACGACCGGUCGUGUCUCGAGAUGUCUGAAGCCGACGGUGUGGACAGUGGAGCAAUCUGUAAGCGGGGUUUUACACAUCUCCAGUUUGCUGAGAAGCCCGAAGCUCCCGAAGCGGAAAGGCAUCUCGGUCGUGAAUUUUAGAGUAGUAGAAUCUCCGUUAGUCCGCGUAUCGCCAAGGACCACCAUGGAGGGAUUUAGAUUUUUACACGGGUGUUUAAAGUAUCGUUCUACCUCAGGCGUAGAAGGAUUUCUUUUCUCCCGUUCGGGCAAGAUAGAAGGACACUCGCUUAUGUCGGCUGGCAUAGGCGUUGGUGUUCUCGGGCGCGAUUAAGUCCUAAAUUGGCUCUAACGUACUCAACAUACUCGCGUGAGUGUUACCGGAAUACUUGCGUAAGUAUCUGUGGGUGCGGUAGGAUUCAAUUUUGGGUUCCGGCGUUUGUCGCGAAAGCACGAUCGGUCGUGCUCAAGUGGUGAUCGAAGCUUCCGAUGUUGGAUAGUUGAGCUAUGCGUAAGUCGGUUCCCAAAUGCGGAGACGCAUGGGGCUGCAAUUUUAGCGUUUGGAGGCUUGAAUUCGUCGGGAGUGGAGGUCGCCCCGUUGCUUUGCUUUCUUGAUAGUAGUUUAGUAGUAAAAGAUAGAGUCCCCGUUAGUCCGUGGGUCUCCACAUGCAGCAACCUCCACGCGGUGGGACCUGGGUCGGGAAGUACUUGUGUUUCGUCAAAAUCUUAUGGGUGUGUUACAAGUAUUACCGAGCGAAUGGGCUGCAUAUAUUUCAACAUUUUUCCAAAAGAUCCUUUCCAUUAAAUUCAAACUAAAUUUCAGUCAUUUCCAUUUAUUGUAAGACGCAUAGCUAUGUAAUAAUUAUUCGAGAUUAAUUAUAAUAGUUUCUCUCGGGUGGGACCCAUGAGAGUGGGCUCAUGGGCGUGGGCUUCUGUGCGGGUCUUCUUUCUGUACCGAAAAAUCGAGCUGGAUUUUUGUACUCUGGUUUUCAUCGGUAACUACCUUCUAUGUCCAUCUUUUCUUCUCAAUUUCAUCUUUUCCACACAUGCGUGUGUUCCAUUGCAUGUAACGGAUAUUCUUUUCUUUCUUUUCUGCUCCAUUCAUUUCACGUGUGCGCACGUCUGGUUUUCUUCUCCUUUUCUUCUCUUUCUCUUCUUCUUUUCCUCUUCUUCGCGAAUCUCCGAUAUAUCCGCGCGGGAUACGGGUAGGAUAGGAAGAACAUUCACACGUGUGUCGGCGGGCACAGACGUGAUGUUCUCGGGCGCGAAUAAAAGUCCUACGGUAAUGGACUUCGUUUGAUUGCUAGGACGAAUAAAUGACUGGUCGUGUGUCGGUUUAUGUGCUUCCGAGUAGUAUGGUAUGCUAUCCGUAAGCGUGGACUGACCCUCCUCCAGUUAGCUGCCUGAAAUCUUGGUUAGUAUAUGGACGUCGCGAACGCGGAAUUAGAGUCACCGUUAUUUUAACACUCACGGGAGUGUUCGGGCGCGAUUAAAAGUCCUACCGGGGACUUCGUUUUAUAGAACGCCGAUUAUUUGAUCACGCCGGUCACGCGAAUUUUAGAGUAGAGACCCCGUUAGACCGUGGGUCUCCAACUGCAGCAACCUCCACGCGGUGGGACCUGGGUCGGAAGUACUUGCGUUUCGUCAACAUCUUAUAGUGUGCAAGUAUUGCCGAGCAAAUGGCUGCGUUCUGUAAGGCUUUUCUAAAAUUUCUUCUAUGGAAUUCAAAAUUGAACAUCGAAGAACAUACUCAUUGAAAGGCACAGCUAUGUAAUAAUUGAAAUAAUUAUUCGAGAUUAAUUAUUAUAGUUUCUUUCGGGUGGGUCCCUUGGGAUGGGCCUUUGGGCGUGGGCUUCUGUGCGGGUCUCCUUUCAGUACCGAAAAACCCAGCUUGAUUUUCGUACUCUGAUUUUGGCCGAGUGUAGCGAUGUUCUACGUGCACAUCUUUUCUUUUCAAUUUCAUCUUCUUCAUAUGUUCGUAUUUCAUUCCACCUUACAGAUAUUCUUUUUCUCUCUUUCCUUCUGCGUUCUACCGUUUUCACCUGCGCGCACGUUCCGGCUUCUUUUUCUUCUCUUUCUCUUUCUCAUUUCCUCUUCUCCACGGAUUUCGAUACAUCGGCGUAAGUCCGUCCGAUGUAUCGUCGAAUGGUUUGGAUCAUAAUCCAUCGUUAAACGCGAAUACGGGUAGGAUAGAAAGAAUAUUCGCACGUGUGUCGGCGGGCACAGGUGUGAUGUUCCCGGGCGCGAUUAAAAGUCCUACGAUAAUGGACUUCGUUUGAUUGCUAAAAACGAACGAAUGGACCGGUCGUGAUACGGUCAUCGGAUGACUGUAGAGUGAGACGGUCUAUGUGCUACUGAGGAGGAUGGUCUAUGGCUAUUUGUAAGGAUGUUCAAUCCGUUGAUUGACCCACCUUAUAUCUAUAGUCACCUGAGUCCAUGGUGAGGUGUAUGCAACCCCGCGGGACCGCGAAUUAGAGUAGAGUCACCGUUAUUCUAACACUCACGUGAGUGUUCGGGCGCGAUUAAAGGUCCUACCGUGGAUCUCGUUUUAUUGUUCGAAAUGCGAAGGGCACGGACGGUCGUGCUGAAAGGCGGGAUGUGGGCAUCCGAGGCUGACGGCCUCAACGUUAUCCCUAGUAGGAUACCGUUGCGGACUGGAUGUCCCUGUUCGCUCAUGUUACCUCGCGAACGCCGGGAACGCGGAUUUUAGAAUAGAGUUGCCCUUAUACUAACACCACGUGAGUGUUCGGGCGCGAAUUAAGUGUCCUACCGUGGACUUAGUUUUAUUUGCUUGAUAUAUAAAUAAGAUUACGCCGGUAAUGCGUAUUUGAAAGUAGAGUCAUUCGGAUACUCACGUGAGUGUCCGAGCGCGAUUAAAAGUCCUACCGGGGACUUCGUUUUAUUUGUUCGGCGAUUAUUUGUUCACGUCGGUCUCGCGAAUCUUAAAGAGUAGAGUCCCCGUUAGCUCGUGGGUCCCCAGAUGCAGCUACCUCCAAGCGGUGGGACCUGGGUCGGUAGUACUUGCGAAAUAUCGAAAUCUAUGUCUUAAUUAUAUUUAAAAUCUGUAACUAAAUUAUAUGUAUCAUGUAACUAAAACCUAUAACUUAAUUAUAUAUAAAAUUAUAAGAUGCAAGUACUACCGGGCGAAUGGCUGCAUAUUUCAAUGUUUCUUCAAUAACACAAAAGUAUGUUAUUUUAGAAUCAAACUCUCGGAGGACUGACAAUUUACCACCAGGAAUGGACUUAGAUAAUUUCGCACUUUGCGGGGACUUUGACAAUCUAUCUCCACGACUGGACUUAGAAAUUUUCGCACUCUCGGAGGACUUUGACAAUCUACUACCAGGAAUGGACUUAGAAAUUUUUACAGCUUCUGGGGACUUUGACAAUCUACCACCACGAGAGGACUUAGAAAUUUUCGCACUCUCGGAGGACUUUGACAAUCUAUCUCCAAGACUGCACUUAGAAAUUUUCGCACCUUGCGGGGACUUUGACAAUCUAUCUCCAAGACUGGACUUAGAAAUUUUCGCACUUUCGGAGGACUUUGACAAUCUACCACCAGGAAUGGACUUAGAAAUUUUCGCACCUUGCGGGGACUUUGACAAUCUAUCUCCAAGACUGGACUCAGAAAUUUUCGCACUUUCGGAGGACUUUGACAAUCUACCACCAGGAAUGGACUUAGAAAUUUUUGCACCUUCUGGGGACUUUGACAAUCUACCACCACGAGAGGACUUAGAAAUUUCGCAGGAUGCCACUGGAGCGAGUAUUGACGACGAUUUUACGCAAGUACAAUGUGGUAUCACUCAUAUUUUCGUAAUUCUAUACUAUUUCUUUUGUUUCAGAUUUCGCUCUGCUCUUUGGAAGGACCUUGACAAUCUAUCUCCACGACUGGACUUAGAAAUUUUCGCAAUUUCGGAGGACUUUGACAAUCUACCACCAGGAAUGGACUUAGAUAUUUUCGCACUUUGCGGGGACUUUGACAAUCUAUCUCCACGACUGGACUUAGAAAUUUUCGCACUCUCGAAGGACUUUGACAAUCUACCAUCAGGAAUGGACUUAGAAAUUUUUGUACCUUCCGGGGACUUUGACAAUCUACCACCACGAGAGGACUUAGAAAUUUUCGCACUCUCGGAGGACUUUGACAAUCUACUACCAGGAAUGGACUUAGAAAUUUUUACAGCUUCUGGGGACUUUGACAAUCUACCACCACGAGAGGACUUAGAAAUUUUCGCACUCUCGGAGGACUUUGACAAUCUACUACCAGGAAUGGACUUAGAAAUUUUUGCAGCUUCUGGGGACUUUGACAAUCUACCACCACGAGAGGACUUAGAAAUUUUCGCACUCUCGGAGGACUUUGACAAUCUAUCUCCAAGACUGGACUUAGAAAUUUUCGCACCUUGCGGGGACUUUGACAAUCUAUCUCCAAGACUGGACUUAGAAAUUUUCGCACUUUCGGAGGACUUUGACAAUCUACUACCAGGAAUGGACUUAGAAAUUUCGCAGGAUGCCACUGGAGCGAGUAUUGACGACGAUUUUACGCAAGUACAAUGUGGUAUCACUCAUAUUUUCGUAAUUCUAUACUAUUUCUUUUGUUUCAGAUUUCGCUCUGCUCUUUGGAAGGACCUUGACAAUCUAUCUCCACGACUGGACUUAGAAAUUUUCGCAAUUUCGGAGGACUUUGACAAUUUACCAUCAGGAAUGGACUUAGAAAUUUUUGUACCUUCCGGGGACUUUGACAAUCUACCACCACGAGAGGACUUAGAAAUUUUCGCACUCUCGGAGGACUUUGACAAUCUACCACCAGGUAUGGACUUAGAAAUUUUUGUACCUUCCGGGGACUUUGACAAUCUACCACCACGAGAGGACUUAGAAAUUUCGCAGGAUGCCACUGGAGCGAGUAUUGACGACGAUUUUACGCAAGUACAAUGUGGUAUCACUCAUAUUUUCGUAAUUCUAUACUAUUUCUUUUGUUUCAGAUUUCGCUCUGCUCUUUGGAAGGACCUUGACAAUCUAUCUCCACGACUGGACUUAGAAAUUUUCGCAAUUUCGGAGGACUUUGACAAUCUACCACCAGGAAUGGACUUAGAAAUAAUUGCACCUUCCGGGGACUUUGACAAUCUACCACCACGAGAGGACUUAGAAAUUUUCGCACUCUCGGAGGACUUUGACAAUCUACCACCAGGUAUGGACUUAGAAAUUUUUGUACCUUCCGGGGACUUUGACAAUCUACCACCACGAGAGGACUUAGAAAUUUCGCAGGAUGCCACUGGAGCGAGUAUUGACGACGAUUUUACGCAAGUACAAUGUGGUAUCACUCAUAUUUUCGUAAUUCUAUACUAUUUCUUUUGUUUCAGAUUUCGCUCUGCUCUUUGGAAGGACCUUGACAAUCUAUCUCCACGACUGGACUUAGAAAUUUUCGCAAUUUCGGAGGACUUUGACAAUCUACCACCAGGAAUGGACUUAGAAAUAAUUGCACCUUCCGGGGACUUUGACAAUCUACUACCAGGAAUGGACUUAGAAAUUUUUGCAGCUUCUGGGGACUUUGACAAACUAUCUCCACGACUGGACUUAGAAAUUUUCGCACUCUCGGAGGACUUUGACAAUCUACCACCAGGUAUGGACUUAGAAAUUUUUGUACCUUCCGGGGACUUUGACAAUCUACCACCACGAGAGGACUUAGAAAUUUUCGCACUCUCGGAGGACUUUGACAAUCUACCACCAGGAAUGGACUUAGAAAUUUUUGCAGCUUCUGGGGACUUUGACAAUCUACCACCACGAGAGGACUUAGAAAUUUCGCAGGAUGCCACUGGAGCGAGUAUUGACGACGAUUUUACGCAAGUGCAAUGUGGUAUCACUCAUAUUUUCGUAAUUCUAUACUACUUCUUUUGUUUCAGAUUUCGCUCUGCUCUUUGGAAGGACCUUGACAAUCUAUCUCCACGACUGGACUUAGAAAUUUUCGCAAUUUCGGAGGACUUUGACAAUUUACCACCAGGAAUGGACUUAGAAAUUUUUGUACCUUCCGGGGACUUUGACAAUCUACCACCACGAGAGGACUUAGAAAUUUUCGCACUCUCGGAGGACUUUGACAAUCUACCACCAGGUAUGGACUUAGAAAUUUUUGUACCUUCCGGGGACUUUGACAAUCUACCACCACGAGAGGACUUAGAAAUUUUCGCACUCUCGGAGGACUUUGACAAUCUACCACCAGGAAUGGACUUAGAAAUUUCGCAGGAUGCCACUGGAGCGAGUAUUGACGACGAUUUUACGCAAGUGCAAUGUGGUAUCACUCAUAUUUUCGUAAUUCUAUACUACUUCUUUUGUUUCAGAUUUCGCUCUGCUCUUUGGAAGGACCUUGACAAUCUAUCUCCACGACUGGACUUAGAAAUUUUCGCACUCUCGAAGGACUUUGACAAUUUAUCACCAGGAAUGGACUUAGAAAUUUUUGUACCUUCCGGGGACUUUGACAAUCUACCACCACGAGAGGACUUAGAAAUUUUCGCACUCUCGGAGGACUUUGACAAUCUACUACCAGGAAUGGACUUAGAAAUUUUUGCAGCUUCUGGGGACUUUGACAAACUAUCUCCACGACUGGACUUAGAAAUUUCGCAGUAUGCCACUGGAGCGAGUAUUGACGACGAUUUUACGCAAGUACAAUGUGGUAUCACUCAUAUUUUCGUAAUUCUAUACUAUUUCUUUUGUUUCAGAUUUCGCUCUGCUCUUUGGAAGGACCUUGACAAUCUAUCUCCACGACUGGACUUAGAAAUUUUCGCACUCUCGAAGGACUUUGACAAUUUACCACCAGGAAUGGACUUAGAAAUUUUUGUACCUUCCGGGGACUUUGACAAUCUACCACCACGAGAGGACUUAGAAAUUUUCGCACUCUCGGAGGACUUUGACAAUCUACUACCAGGAAUGGACUUAGAAAUUUUCGCACCUUGCGGGGACUUUGACAAACUGUCUCCACGACUGAACUUGGAAAUUUUCGCUCUCUCGGAGGACUUUGUUAACCUGUCUUCACGACUGGACUUAGAAUUAUUAGAUCAUCGAGAAAUGGAUCGUCGUUGGAUUUCUACACAAAAGUUACUGAAACUUCGCUGCAUAUAAUUGAUAUUCUUCUGUACGCGAAUGAUAGGGAAAACACUCACGCGCGUGUCGGUCGUCACGUACGUGAGUGUUCGCGGACGCGAGACUAAGUCCUGCUGAGGACUACGUUUUUGAAAUCGAAAUAUAGACACGACCGGUCGUGUCUCGAGAUGUCUAAAGUUGACGGUGUGGACGGUUUAAUUUUCUGAUAAGCCUGAAACUCCCGAAACGGAAAGGCAUCUCGAACGCAAAUCUUAGAAUAGAG